CGUGGCUCGUGGCCGAGACGAGCGUUGCUAGCACCUUCAGUCGGUCCCCGUCGGCCAGGACAGCCACCUCUGGGCCCGUCCAUUCUUCCUAUAUUGCGCGCGCGCAAUCUUUUUUUUCUUGUCGAAACGUCGUUGAAAAGAAUGGCCUGAUGAGGAUCAACUGUUAGCAACGUUUCGUUUCGUGCGACAGGUGUGACUCGUCGUCGUUUAGGGUAGGCGAGAAAGAGAGAGAGAGAGAGAGAGAGAGAAAGAAAAGAAUAAAAACGGAGCAAGGAAGAAAAACAAGAAGGAUUAUCGCAGGACUCGGCGGAGCCAGAGAAAAAACGAACACACGAUGGAGAGGACGUGGCGGAGUAUACGAAAGAGGGCCUUUAUCUUAUUGCUGCCUUUACUGUUCCUGGCCGGUGUAAAAUGUGAGGCACCGCUCGUCGACAGUAGCGCUUUGCCAUUGGAGCACAGAUCGGUUUACGGUCCACCGGCGCAAUAUGGACCUCCCACAUCUCACGGAGCGGAAGAGAAUUGGCCUUUGGCUUCACCCGACACACCGCAGAUAAAGCAUCUACAGGUGCAAUGCGAGAAGACGCAUAUGCGGGUCAACAUCGAGUUCGAUCGACCCUUUUACGGUAUGAUCUUCAGCAAGGGUUUUUAUUCGGACCCCCAUUGCGUUCAUCUAAAACCAGGCACCGGUCAUUUGAGUGCAACUUUUGAGAUCUUCUUGAAUUCGUGUGGCAUGACGUCUUCGGCCAAUCACAACGUAGCUACUUACGGAGCACCCACGCCAUCGGGCAGUUACGUCGAGAACACAAUCAUAGUUCAAUACGAUCGUUACGUCCAAGAAGUUUGGGACCAGGCAAGAAAACUUCGUUGCACUUGGUAUGACUAUUACGAGAAGCAAGUCAACUUUAGGCCGUUCCAAGUAGACAUGUUGCACGCCGUAACAGCUAACUUCCUCGGUGAUAAUCUACAAUGUUGGAUGCAAAUACAAGUCGGGAAAGGACCAUGGGCCAGCGAGGUAUCUGGUAUCGUUAAAAUUGGACAGACUAUGACUAUGGUACUUGCCAUCAAGGACGUAGAAAAUAAGUUCGAUAUGCUGGUCAGGAACUGUGUUGCCCAUGACGGCAAAAGAGCACCGAUUCAGUUGGUCGAUCAGUACGGGUGCGUCGUCAGGCCUAAGAUCAUGUCCAGGUUCCACAAGGUGAAGAAUUUUGGACCGAGCGCUUCUGUCGUCAGUUUUGCUUACUUCCAAGCCUUCAAAUUCCCCGACAGUAUGAACGUUCAUUUCCAAUGCGUGAUUCAAGUCUGCCGUUACAAUUGCCCCGAACUGAAGUGCGGUCAUCCGGGCUUGGAAUACGGUGCACCCGCUGCUUCCUUGUCUCAGGAUUACGGUACUCCGGUCCACCAAAGCGUGUCCUCCGAAUAUGGACAACCCCCGUUGCCGGAGUAUAGUGUACCACCUGCUUAUCCCGAUCCCAGGCAUCCUAGUGGACCAGCUGGAGCUUACAGUGAGCCGAAUCCGGAUGUGGUCCCAGCACCUCAAGCGCAAACGUCCUCAUCCUCGCCAAGUUCAACGCCUGGCGAUGCGACGGCUAGUAGUUCACCUCAGAGUUCUAAUGAUAAUAUACAUCUCCCUCCACCUCCUCUACCCGGUCACCCAGUUGGAGCUUAUCAAACUGUCAAAAGAAAAGGUACGGCCAGUUCGGAGGAGCUCGAGGGUAACCUAGCCACCCUCGGAGGCCGACCAAGAUCGGUCGAAGGUUUUCCAGCCGAGCUUAGGGGAGCUCGGAGACGAAGACACGAUCGUUUUGAGGAAGACGAUGACACAUUCUAUCAUACAGUCUCUCUAGUCACGAAUCAUGUGUACAAACGAGCUGCCCAAGAGAUGACGGACGUUAACACGUCGAGAAUUAUUCAAGUAGUAGCACCUGGUGAUGUGAAUUUUGCAUUGGGAACGACGAAUUCUAACAACGAUACUACUGUCGUAAUACAAAACGCCAGUGCUUCGACUGAUCCUGAGACGAUUUGUAUGAGUUUACCAGGCUUCGUUGGAGGUCUGGUGAUGUUGCUGCUCGUAGUGGUCGUAGCAUCUCUCGUUGCUGCUUUCCUCUUCGUCAGGGUACGUUCGGUUGAUCGGAAGAACGUUGCAAUUGGAAGUACUUUCGUUCAUCCGGCCUACGCCACUGACAAUUGUACCGUACCGAAUCCUGAGUUCAUCAAGGUCGCCAAUUGAGAAGACGUUCUUACGUCUAACUACUCGAAGGACCUCGAAUAAGGACCUCUUAUGGGGGUUGGUUGGCUGGUUGGUUGGAAGGAGGGUACGUCGACGAUCCUAAAGGAAAGGACGAACCCUUGGGACCGCUCGUCGAGACGUUAUUUCGUUCACGACUCGAGAUUUAUCGGGGAUUCCAUCUCUUUAUUCUUUUCCUUUCUUUAUUCCUUUUAUUUCUCCCGUUUCUUCAUAUUCGUCGCUUAUCGAAUCGUUUCCUUCUCGGAAUCCCAUCUCCCUCUCUAUCUCUCUCUCUUUUUCUCUUUCUCUUUACAUACGAUCAAAUUCUCCACAGAGAUAUCAGAAUACUUCGUAUAGAAAUUCGGUCAUAUCGACUUUCGAAGUCGAAGGAAACUUUCUCGUUCGCGUUGUGAUCAAAUUUCUCGUGUGUUAAUCUAUGAGAAGAAAACUCUGAUGUUAGGAAGUGUCCUCGAUAAAAUAUGAUUAAAUUAAAGCACUUUUACAUUUCUCGAUGUAUUGCAGAUAUAUAAUUUGUUACUUUUGUUAACUUCUCUCUAAUAAGCGAAAAAAUAAUCGAUCGAGAGAACACGUAAUCGAGGUAACGUUUUUCGCAGAGCGUGUCAUCUUCUAUGUUAGGUGGCCAAUACACCUGCGAUUUUGUCAGUGAAUUAUGUAAGAUCGCAGGAGUAUUGGCUAAAUUAGUUUUUUAUAGACAUUGUACAUAAAUCGCAGGCUAUCGGAAUUGUCUUUUGAAACUUUUGACAAAUUUUCGCACGGAAUCCUGCGCUUUCGAUCAUCACCCGUGCACACUUUCUUAUUUAUAUAUACAUUCGCUCACACUCACUCACUCACUCACUCACUCACUCAUACGUACACGCAUGUAUGUAAGAUGUUUCGUUUUAAAUCGAACCCUUCAAUAUUUCCCUUGAAUAGUGUAAUAUGAAGAAAUUCGAUAAAACUACAAUAAUUUGCAUUUGUUCGAAGAUGGAAAUAAAGCGAAUUUGUCUUUGCGAUCAUAUUAUAUAUUUUUUCUUGUAAUAAUAUGAUAGCUUAAAACGAAAUAAAUUUGAGGAUAGAAAAUGUUAACAUAUGUAUUCCACCAUGUAACAAUUUGUCAUGGCACCCGAUUCGAGGAAAAUAUUUAUUUUAAUAUUCGAUUUUAAAUGGGACAAUUCGUACAUACAUACUUACAUAUUAUACAUGCAUAUCAAAUUGUGUGCUCUCGUUUUACUUGAGUUAUUUCGUUUCAUCUUCAUGGUAGCUCAGGACAUAUCGCAAACUUUGUGAUUUGUCGCCAACGCGAAAAGUUCGUCCAAGUUUCCUUUACUCGGCGACUUUUUCUAUUAUUAUUAUUUUAGAAUUUUUCUAUUUAUUUGUCUUCGCGACAUUUUUAAUAUUAUUCUUAACAACACGAAUACUCUUUCUUUUCUCUUUCUAUCUCUCUUUCUCACACUCAAUCAUCAUUUUCAUUCCCAGCCAUUGAUCGAUCUAACCCUAACUUAUUUUUUUUCUCGCAAUGUCGAUUUUGUCCUCUCCCAAUGUGGAUAAUUUUCAUAAUACUUCGUUUAGCGUUUAAGUUAUAACGAGAAAAGGACAAACAAAAUAUUCCCAAGUCGAGGGAAUAUUGCAUUACGUAUGUGUUUUAAGCACAAUCCAUAAUACAUAAGGACAGAUAUGGUUUUUAUUCAUUUUUCUUUUUGUUUUAAUUUAUUUGUUUGUUAUUCUUUUGAGGAAAAACAAAGAACAAUAUAAAAGAAAAAGAUACGCGAAAAUACAGGUCAGAAAUGAAUAUACGACGAAACGUAUAUUCAAUUGCGUGCGUCAUUGAUACUCGCGAACUGACAUUACAUUUAUUGUACGUACAUAUAUGUGUUGUACUGUACUUGUAACAAAAUAAUAGCGAGAAUGCGUC